AUGUUACAACAAGGUUUCGUACUGAACAAUGAACAAGCGAAUGUUACUCAAUGCACUGUGGCUGCAGCAAACUACUCAAAUGGUAGUAGUUUGACAAUACUUGUUGAGUAUGACGAUAACGAUGUUGACAAGGUUGGUAAAUACAAUAAAGUUCUAGAUAGCACUAAAACUUAAUUACAACAGAAAGUUUCAAAUGGUUCUCAAAGUGAACAAAAUUCUGAUAGUGUAUUAAUAAGAGACGAAGAGUCAACUACAGUAGAUCACAUAAAAGUUGUUAUUAAAUAUGGAGGAGCAAUAACUGACCUAGCUUCAAGCAUUCUAGUCGGUAUAAUAAGCUCAGGAUAUGGUAAAUGGCGUGAAGGUGAUGAUAGUGGUAGAAAGUGCGUUGGUCGAGGCGGUCUUUUACCUUUUGGAAAAACCUGGGGCUCGGCGGCUGGCUAUUAUUAUGCGGAAACUUGUGCUUCUUCAGGGCAGAAAUGUAGUACUAAAGCUAGUCAAUCAGCUCUUGAAGAUGCAGCUAACUGGGCAGACAAUGAGUUAGAUAAUGACCCUAAUGCCGAUAGUUGGAAAGUUGGUUUCUCAAAUCAAGGAGCUUGGAAAUUCUGUGUUAGAGUAGUACCGAAAGCAGCAUGUAAUUCAUACAGUGACUGUUACGAUAAGGCACAUAAUAUGGGAUGUCCAGCAGACUUCUGUAGCGGCGAUGCAUUUAAGAACCAUGAUCAUGACGAACUCUAG